ACUGAAACCGGAGUCUAAAAGUCAAUAAUUUUAUGGAUCUAGGAAAUUACUUUCAUGCAUACAUUAAAGGAACAACCGGCCGUUCAGUUUUGAAUGAACCUUUAGACUUCUUAUUUAAUUAUUGUCAGAUUUAUUGGGUUUCUUUUGUUGAGCUUUUACUUUUGCAAAAGGAGCUGCCAUGGAAGGCAAAAGUGUUUUUCAAGUCUGGGAUUAUGUUGUAUUUAUUUCUAUGGUGCUGGUAUCUGCUGCAAUUGGAUUAUUUUGUGCUUUUAAAGACAGUAGGUCUGGACAAGAAUCAACUGAAGAGUUCCUCGUGGGAAACAGGUAUAUAAAUGCUUGUAAAAAAACAUUAUUUCCUCUUCCAGCCUUUUAUGGUUGGAAAAUGAUCCUGAGAUCAUGCUAUUUGGAAUUUUUAAAGUUUGUUUCAUUUUUUUAAUAGACAGAUCUCUGCGUAUCCAAUUGCUCUUUCAUUGGCUUCAAGUUUCUUGUCUGCUAUAACAGUAAUUGGAAAUCCAGCUGAGGUUUACAGCUUUGGGAUAAUGUUUCUGAUGUUUGGCUUCACUUGGUUCAUUACAAUGAUAGCCACCAGCCUGAUCUACAUUCCACUGUUUUACAGACUAAAUAUAAUUAGCACUUAUGAGUAUCUUAAUAGAAGAUUUGGACAGUUGGUGAGAUAUCAAGUCGUUUGUUGCUUCUUGAUAUACAUGUUCUUAUACCUUGGUAUUGUCACUUACGCUCCGUCAUUAGCGCUAAGCCAGGUUACUGGAAUAAAUUUGUGGAUUUCCGUCGUAACAACUGCUUGUGUGUGUACACUGUAUACAGCACUGGGUGGUAUCAAAGCUGUCGUGUGGACUGAUGUCUUCCAACUUUGCGUUAUGUUAAUCGGCCUUCUGACUGUUCUGAUCCAGGGAUCAAUUCAUAUUGGAGGGUUUGAAAAGGUUUGGAACAUUGCUGAGAAUGGUGGCCGCCUUAAUUUUUUAGACUUUGACCCUGAUCCAAGGAGAAGGCACACGUUUUGGACGAUAAUAGUUGGAGGCACAUUUGGAUGGACAGCAACAUAUAGUUGUAAUCAAGCACAGGUACAAAGAUACCUUGCCUGUAAGAGUGAAAAAGAAGCCAAGAAAGCAGUAUUUCUGAACUGGGUUGGCAUGGUGAUUAUUCUUACAACAGCCUGCCUGUGUGGUUUAGUGAUGUACGCACUUUAUGGUUCGUGUGACCCAAUAAAGGCAAACAGAAUUAGCAACACCAAUCAGCUGAUGCCAUUGAUGGUUGUGGAGAUUUUGAAUGAGACUCCUGGGGUAGCUGGACUCUUCGUUGCCAGCGCUUACAGUGGUACAUUGAGCUCAAUCUCUUCUGGCAUCAGUGCGAUGGCUGCAAUCGUUGUUGAAGAUUUUAUAAAGCCUCUCUGGAAACCAUGGGAACAGCUUUCUAACAGGAAGAAGACUCUGGCCACAAAGCUCCUAGCUAUGAUAUUUGGAUUUACUACAAUUGGCCUGGCUGGGGUGGCUUCUUUGUUAAAAGGAAAUAUAAUUCAGGCUUCACUCAGUAUUGCAGGAAUAAUUCAAGGACCCAUACUGGGUGUAUUCACUCUUGCAGCAUUAUUUCCAAAGAGUAAUGGCAAGGGCGCAUUUGCAGGUUUAUGUGUUGGAUUAUCCCUUUCUAUGUGGGUAGGAAUUGCUGCACAGAUCUAUCCACCUUCUGCUAAGUUUACUGGGUUACUUGAAACAUCAAUAUCAGGAUGUCCCCUGUCAAAUGUCACCACCUCAACUCCUGUGAAUGUGACCUCUCUGCUCACCACUGUUGCAUCUCCAAAUCAAGAAAGACCCAGCAUAGCAGAAGAUUUCUACUCCUUAUCUUAUCUCUACUACAGCCCACUUGCUUGUCUUAGCACAGUUUUUGUUGGAUUAACAAUUAGUUUCUUCACAGGUGGGAAUGAGAAAGUGGAUCCUUUGCUAAUUUCUCCGAUUGUACCAACCAUUCACAAAUUCAUCUUCAGAAUCAAACAAUCACUUCCAAAACGAGAAAGGAUGAACGAGUCUCAAAUCCCGUGUCCAGUGUUCAAGGAGAAUUCUGCAAGCUGUGGAAAAACAACGCAAUUUUAAAUCCUUAAAUUGACCAAGAUAUCAGAUACCGAACUUGUGGGUCAAUGGCAGGUAGACAAAAGUGCUGGGGAAACUCAGUGGGUGAAGCAGCAUCUAUGGAGAGAAGGAAUAGGCGACGUUUCGGGUCGAGACUCUUCUUCAGAUGGGAAUUAGUUUCUCAAUGAAGCACUACUCAAUCUCCAUAAAAUAA